UAGAGAUCAUUGGACCGGCGCCUGUUUCCUCUCAUUCAGAACCUCUGCAGCACAGGCCCCUCAGAGCAGCUGGUCUCUAUCUCCACCAUCAUGAGUCCAAAGAACAUCAUUUUUAAGAAGACCUGCAAAGACAAGUCGGUGGGAGUGUUCAUGGGGAAGAGAGACUUUGUGGACCGUGUCGACUCCGUGGAUCCAGUGGAUGGCGUCGUCCUCGUUGAUCCUGAGGCUCUGGCAGGGAGGAAAGUGUUCGUCACCCUGUGUUGCACCUUUCGCUACGGCAGAGACGACAUGGAUGUGAUGGGAAUGGCCUUCCGCAGGGAGCUGUACCUCUCGACUCGCCAAGUGUAUCCGCCCCUGCAGGACCGCGAGAAGGGAGUCCACACCAAGGUCCAGGCCAAGCUUCUACGCAAGCUGGGAAACAACGCCUACCCGUUCUUCUUCGAGUUUCCUGACAACCUGCCUUGCUCAGUGGCUCUCCAACCAGCCCCCAAUGAUGUUGGAAAGCAAUGUGCCGUGGAGUUUGAGAUCAAGGCUUUCAGCGCUGAGAGCCAGGAUGCAAAAGUACGCAAACGGAGCACGGUGAAGCUGAUGUUAAGGAAGGUCCAAUAUGCUCCAGACUCACAGGGAGUGCCGCCUUCGGUUGAAACCACCAAGGACUUUGUCAUGUCCGACAAACCACUGCAUGUUAAGGUCACUCUGGAUAAAGAGCUUUAUUACCACGGUGAAACAAUCAACGUUCACGUCAACAUCACAAACAACUCCAACAAAAACAUCAAGAACAUCGUUCUUUCAGUUGACCAGGUGGCCACUGUGGUGUUGUACUCCAAUGACAGCUAUGUGAAAUGUGUGGACUUCGAGGAUUCUGGGGAUUCUGUGUCGGCCGGAGCGACGUUGCAGAAGGUCUACAAGCUGCUGCCGCUGCUGGCCAACAACAGGGAGAGGAGAGGCAUCGCUCUGGACGGCAAACUGAAGCACGAAGACACCAACCUGGCAUCGUCCAGCAUCGUUAGGGAAGGAGUCCUGAAGGAAGUUCUGGGGAUCAUGGUUUCAUACAAAGUCAUGGUGAAGCUCAUCAUUGGAGGGAUGAUGGGAUCCAGUGAGGUCGGCCUGGAGGUUCCCUUUAAACUGAUGCAUCCUAAACCAGAAGCAGUGAAGGAGAGUGAGAUGGAGGAUGAGCUGGUGUUCCAGGAAUUCAAGCGUUCCUACCUGAAGGGGAUCAUAGGAGCCGGCGAUGACGACGAUGAAGAAGGCAACGUGUCUGGUGGUGAUGACAUGGGGCCCAAAGAGAAGUAGUUGUUCCUUCAUUAGGAAGGAUCGUUCAGGUGUUAAAGUAUGUUAUUCUUGCAGAGAGGAGUUCCUUAGUUCCCUAAAGACAGGUUUGGAGAAAAAUGUGCAUGACCACGUGUUUAAUCUGCUCUGGUUAUGUUGGUUUUCUGCAGGUGAAGGAAAAGACUUAAACAUUUACCACAUGUGCAUAUCUGUUUUACAAACCUGCAAAGAAAACUAAAUUCAGGCAACAAUUCCACUCAGAACCAAAACAAUAAGGUUUUCAAUAGUUGUAAUCAUGGUGGGAGUAGGGGAAAAAAUGACCCAUAAGUUUCCCCUUAAAGGACAAAAUAUUGAUUUAAUUCAGUAAGCAGCCUUUGAAAAAAUCAGUUCAGCAGCUAGAAUAAACGAGCCGAAGCAUAACUGGGUCAACAUGGCGACCAGAGAUGAGGAUUUAAAUGAAAUUGCAGGUGACUGACCAUUAACUGCCUGACUGUAGCUGAGUGCUGAACCUGGUUCAGAAUAUUUGGUUACUCAGAUUUGUCCUAAUUUUCUCCAAACUGUAACCCUAAACCUAACCUGGUUCAACACCUGAACUCCUUUAUUCUAUAGGCUGACUUAAUGCACAGCAGCACUGACCGGUCCUUAAACUGAGAAGAGGUUUCUCUCUGUUCUCUCUCUGUUUUCCAUGACUUAUUUAACUUUUUGUCUCUGUGUUUUGGAGCAUUUGUAGUUGUUUGCUGCAGUUAGAAGUCAGAGUCCUCAGCAGUUAUGUGUUAAUGUGCUUCAAACAAGAUGAUGUUUUAGUGAAGUUUUAAGGUGAUUCUGCAUGUGGUUCCUGCAGCUCCGAGUUUUUAGCUCACCAUAGAAACGUUUGUGUAGACCUGCAGCUCUAUGAGGCUCUGUCUGACACGUGUUGUGCUGUGUUUGAACAAUAAAAGCUGUUGGACUCAUUCUUAAA